CUCCUUCCCCUCGCUAACUCUAUCCCUUUUGCCGAGCUCACAGAAGUUUGGUUUUGGCUUGGGUUUCUGAGCGUUGGCAAGUGCGGAGUCGCUGAGCAGACAAGCCUGAACGAACACGGACAGUACUGGGAUAAUACUUCCCAAUGUCCUAGCUCAGUCCGGGCCACGGCGGACCGGGGCCGAGAGGGCUACUUUUACUUCUACACCCAAAGCUCGCUUGCCUUCUAUUAACUUCUAGACCUGCUUCAGACUUUCUCGCAGUUUUGUUACUCCCUUUCAAUGCAAGAUUCGUACAACAUUUUCUCCACAACGUGCAGACACCUCAGUCACUUCCAGAGAUUGAUCGGGAGACACGAGAUCAGUGUUUCCAGCUCACAGGGACAGCGUACCUGAAUAAAUUGGACUUUCCUGUGCUUUCAGUUUUAAUUGAGAUAACAUGGUCACUAAAAGUGCUCAAUUAAUAAUUGUUCCAUUAAAAUUUGCCGAAAGGAAAAAAAAUGCUGGAACGUUUUUCGUCUGCUCCUGGUCAAGACAAUUUUCAAGAAUACCACUUGGUAUUUCUUGCGAAUUGUCCUGAUGUGCGCAAGAUGCAAGCUUCGCCAAAAGGAAGCCCUGUCGGUUGUGAGUGACGAUCAGUCCCUGUUUGACACCUCGUACGUGGCUGCACAUCUCCCCAAAGCGGAUAUGACGGCUUCAGCUGCCGCCGACUAUGGACAAACGCACAAAAUCAAUCCCUUGCCUCAACAAGAAUGGAUCAACCAGCCCGUCAGGGUUCACAUCAAGAGGGAAUACGACCAUAUUAACGGGUCCAGAGAUUCACCUGUAGACUGCAGCGUGGCUAAGUGCAAUAAGCUGGUGAGUGGCACCGACAACAACCCCAUGAGUUACGGCAGUUACAUGGAUGAGAAGAACGGACCUCCCCCGCCCAAUAUGACCACCAACGAGAGGAGAGUGAUCGUGCCGGCAGAUCCGACUCUUUGGAGCCAGGAACACGUCAGACAGUGGCUGGAGUGGGCCAUCAAGGAAUACGGGCUGCUGGAGAUCGACACGGCUCUCUUUCACAACACUGACGGCAAGGAGCUCUGUAAAAUGAACAAGGAAGACUUUCUCCGCCUGACCUCCCUCUACAAUGCUGAAGUCCUGCUCUCACAUCUAAAUUACCUCAGGGAAAGUAGCUCUCCAUUAAGCUAUUCCACAUCAUCUCACACUGAUCAAUCAGCACGUCUCCCAGCCAAAGAAGAUGCAUCAUAUGAUACUGGCAGGAGAUCUGGAUGGGGCAAUAGUAUGAACAAUGUGACAAAAACUUCUCCCGGAGCAACACAAAGUGUGAAUAAGAGCUCAGAACAGCCUCGGCCCCAACCAGAUCCUUAUCAAAUUCUAGGACCCACCAGCAGCCGGUUAGCCAAUCCAGGAAGUGGACAAAUACAACUUUGGCAGUUCCUCCUAGAGUUGUUGUCUGACAGUUCCAACGCCAACUGCAUCACAUGGGAGGGAACCAAUGGCGAGUUUAAAAUGACAGACCCAGAUGAAGUGGCACGGCGCUGGGGAGAGAGGAAAAGCAAGCCAAACAUGAACUAUGACAAGCUGAGCAGAGCUCUGCGCUAUUAUUAUGACAAAAACAUCAUGACCAAGGUUCAUGGCAAGCGUUAUGCAUACAAAUUUGACUUCCAUGGCAUUGCACAGGCUCUCCAACCACAUCCAACAGAGUCUUCUAUGUAUAAGUAUCCUUCAGAUCUUUCCUACAUGUCAGCUUACCAUGCACAUCCACAGAAGAUGAACUUUGUAUCCCCCCACCCCACCUCUAUGCCAGUGACGUCUUCUAGCUUCUUUGGAGCAACCUCACCAUAUUGGAGCUCUCCUACAGCGGGCAUUUAUCCCAAUCCAAAUGUGCCCCGUCAUCCUAACACACAUGUUCCCUCUCACUUGGGCAGCUAUUACUAGCAUUAAGCUUUAAUUCUCUUUGCUUUCAAACAUAGGUGAAUCCAUACCCAAUAUUGGAACUCUUGGGAUCAUGGAACUUCAUGGAAUAUUACUGCGUGCCAGAACUGUUGCUAAACUGGAUUUCUGUCCAUUUCUGAAUCAUUAGCUAACUAUGGGCAUUUUGCCACCUCUGAAGUCUCUAAACGAUAAUCUGUUGUCUCAAAGUGAACAUUAACCAAAUGAAGACAUUGUAAUAGUUUUGUACGUCAUCAGAUUUGUAACUAAUUUGACCAACUAUCAAUGAUCUUCCAUGAAGCAAGAGCAAAUAUUAGACAUUUGCACCAGUUAAGAGCUUGUAACCAGUUAUUGACAUUUGCCAGUCACAGAUGUUGUUCCUUUGAUCAUCAUUUAGCAACACUGGAUUACUAACCAGUCCUAUAAUGUACCCACAAUGUAAAGUACACAGUACGGAUCUGCCAACAUAUUUCCAAUUGGAAAGGCAGUUGUGGGCAGUUGAAUAGUUUCAGGACUACUGGAAAUGAACUUUCUCCCAGAUUCUAUUUCACUGAUGAUGCUUUUUCUAGAAAGGACAUCUGUUAAACAGGGCCGUCUCCUCAUUGAAAUGAACUGAAAGAAAGGGCACGUCUGUUGGAACAUCUAACCUGACAAACAAAGUUAACAAGUGAAGAACAUUGCUACAAAGAGCUGUGUUUUGUCCUUAGGAAUACUAAAGAAAAUUUUGAUUACACAGGAUACGCGAACGCUGUGCGUUUGUAAGAAUUCAAUGUUGGGUCAACCACGCAUCCUCGUAUAAAGCAAGUUACUGUAUAAAUUAUGCAGAAAAUGACAAAUCCUUUAAGUUACAGUAUUACACGAGUUGACCUCGGUCACAGAUGCAAUUUUACUAUCAAGUCCAUUUUGACAAAAUAUAGUCAUUUUGUAGCCUGUAGAUCUUCUAUAUGUACAUUUGGCUCUGCCUUUUUACUGAGUAAAGGGACACAUAGGGUAGUAAUUGUUGAGAAAACUUUAUUCCUAUAAAGUGUUACUAAUGACAAAAGCACUGAUACAGCUAUUUUCUAUAAGAUGCAAAUAGCUGGAAGCAAAUUAUUCCCUAGUUCUUAGAGCUUUUGGACUUUUUAAAUAUAGCAUUAUUAAAUAAUCACCGACACGAUUUUCCCAUUAAAAUGGGGCAUCGUCUACUAUAUAUGCAAAUAGUUCUUGAUGAUUAUGUAACUUUACAAUUAAUCCCUUGCAGCAUAUUAAGUAUUAAACCAAAACACUUAUACAAGGGCUACUUCUGACUUAAAAUUAACUGCCAUGAACUAUUUCCUCAGACAGAUGUUUCUGUUAUUACAUGCAUGCAUUUUAACAUGAAGGCGAACUGUGUACUAUUGAAGAAACGGCAUGUGUAACAGUUUCUUACACUUUGUAAAAUGUUCAAUAAACAGUGGCAAUAGGGAGUGCCUUAACAAAUCCCUCUCACGGACAGUAACUUGUUACUGAUGUAACCCAAAUUCUAAUUCAAAUGUGUGAAUAGUUUACAGUACCUCAUUUUCUUGUUCCUGUUGUUUUCAUUCACUUUGUUUUUCUAAUUUUCCAAUACUGCUCCCAGAACCUAAAUCUGUACUGAUUUGAAUAGACAGAGGCACCAAUAUUAGUUAAAGGAGUAAGAGUGUAAUACGCAAAUUGUAUAUCUGUAAACACCUUGUACUGAAAAGGGGUAAGUCGAAUGAAUUAUGCUAGAAAGGACAA